GAUACAAGAACAACUCAUGAUCUAUUUAAGGCAUGGAGAAUAUCCAUGGGCAUAGAAAUAGGAUUAAAGACAAUUAAAGUUCCGAAGAUCCAUCUUAAGCCGCAAAAGUCGAACAAAAGAAAAACCUCGACUUUCCCAAAACAAAACAAAACAAAACAAACCCAUCCCUCCUUUCUUCUCUCUGCAGAUGGCACUGAUCUUGUCUUCAUGCAGGUUCGUGAAAGCCAACCAAUGGGAGAGCCAAGAUCUUCUGCAACAUCAUCACCACCUCCGCCACCACCUCAACCACCACCAAUCUCCCUCGUCCAACCCUCCCACAAAAAACGCCACAAACCCAAAGUCAUCCGCGUCUUCCGCUCCGUCUUCCGUUCCCUCCCCAUCAUAACCCCCUCCUGCAAGUUCCCCAUCGACCCCACCCACCACCACCACCAAAAAACCGUCGCCGCCGUCAACAACGCCGCAAAAAUCUCCGGCACCCUAUUCGGCCACCGAAAUGGCCGCGUCAGCCUCUCCAUCCAAGAAAACCCCCGCUGCCUCCCCUCCCUAGUCGUCGAACUCUCCAUGCAAACAACCACUCUUCAAAAGGAAAUGGCCGCGGGAAUGGUGAGAAUCGCGCUCGAAUGUGAGAAGCGUUCGGAAAAAGACAAAACGAAGAUCAUCGAGGAGCCUCUAUGGACGAUGUAUUGCAAUGGAAAGAAGAGUGGUUACGGCGUGAGGAGAGAGGCGACGGAGGAGGACUUGCACGUGAUGGAGCUUCUAAAGGCGGUGUCGAUGGGUGCCGGCGUUCUUCCGGUUAGGGCUGACGUGGACGACGCCGAUGGCGGGGGAGAGUUGGCGUACAUGCGGGCACCGUUCGAGCACGUAGUGGGGUCCAGGGAUUCUGAGACUCUGUAUAUGUUGAGUCCAGACCAGGGGAACAGUGGGCCCGAUGUUACUAUAUUUUUUGUCAGGAUUUGAUCAGACAAUUAAUAACGUGUGAGGUGGGUGAGUUAGGAUUGAUGCCAUCCAGGAUUAAUGAUUAAUAAUUAGGUAGUCAACAUUUAUUAUUCUCUGUACUUAAUUAUGCUUUCAUGUUAUAUGUAUAUUUUCUUUUCUUUUUUUUUCCUUUCUUUUGGCCAAGCGUUGUUACAUACGUAAUACGUACGUCGUGCCUGAAUAAUGUUUAGGUUUGUUUAAUUUUGUUAGGUUUGAUUUGCUUCGUCAUGAAAUUAAUGUUGGGAAGAAGCCUUUUUGGUUGGUACCUGCACGUGAAA